AUGAAUGAGACCAGUCAUCACACAGUGAAAGAAUUCAUUUUGCUAAGCCUUUCUGACUACCCAAAGCUGGAGACCAUUUUGUUUGUACUGAUCUUGUGGAUGUACCUGAUAAUCUUGCUGGGAAAUGGAGUCCUCAUUACAGUAACCAUCUAUGACUCCCACUUACACACACCCAUGUACUUUUUUCUCAGUAAUCUCUCUUUCCUGGAUAUUUGCUACACAACUUCCUCUGUUCCCCUUAUUCUAGACAGUUUCCUCACUCCAAAGAAAACUAUUUCCUUCUCCAGCUGUGCAGUGCAGAUGUUUUUGUCUUUUGCCAUGGGAGCAACUGAGUGUAUGCUCCUGAGCAUGAUGGCAUUUGACCGUUAUGUGGCUAUCUGCAACCCCCUGAGAUACCCCGUCAUCAUGAGUAAGACUACAUAUGUGUCAAUGGCAGCUGGGUCUUGGACGGCUGGGGCUAUUGAUUCCAUAAUACAAACAUCUCUUGCUGUCCAGUUAUCAUUUUGUGGUUCUAAUGUCAUUGACCAUUUUGUUUGUGAGAUUCUGGCUGUCCUGAAACUGGCCUGUGGUGAUAUUACCAUUAAUAUACUUGGUAUAAUGGGUGCAAUCCUCUUUUUUGUAGCUAUUCCAAUGAUAUUCAUUUCUAUAUCUUAUACUUUCAUCCUUGCCACCAUUCUGAGGAUCCCUUCAGCAGAAGGGAGGCGCAAAGCCUUUUCUACUUGUUCAGCCCACCUGACUGUGGUGAUUAUCUUCUAUGGAACAAUCUUCUUCAUGUAUGCAAAGCCUAAAGCCAAAGAUUCAUUUAAUUCAAACAAACAAGACAUUGUAGACAAAUUCAUCUCCCUUUUCUAUGGUGUAGUGACACCCAUGCUCAAUCCCAUCAUUUAUAGCCUGAGGAACAAAGAUGUAAAGACAGCUGUGAAGAAUAUGCUGAGUCAAAAAUGCUUUACUGAGAAGAUGUGA